GGUGCGCCGCGCAGACGGUCUUUUGACACGUGCAGUUCCGGUCGGAGGUGGGGCCGUUGGUGGUGAUACUGGUGAUACUAGUGUACUGGUUCUUUUAAAUUGGUUUCUAGAAGGAAUAAGUAUCAGAAAUGAAAUCAGGAGGUCUUAGAGUAUCGUGUGAAUGACUUUUAUUUACCCCUCUGUUUUGCGGACCUAAAGUAAAUAAAUACCGAAUCUUGGAUAUUUAGUUAUGAUAUACUUAUUUUGAAAGUCUUUGUACCUACAUAUAUCAUCAAGCAGAAAAAUCAAGACCUUUUACGGCCCAAUGGUCACUGUAUCAGUAUGCGUACUGUAGGCAAAGAUAUUCCACUUCUCAUCCUAAAAUCAGUGCCCUAAGCCUUUAAGGAGGAAUGUGGUGCCUUACAGAAGUCUGUCGAGAAUGUAGCCACCUCUCGCAGAGGCGAACUUCACCCAUGCAGCUUGCAGUUGGCUUAGAACUUGAACUACCUAUGCAAUAUCAAUAUCAUUGGUCAAUGCCUUAUAAGCUUCUGCUGCAAACCCAGUUAAGCCUCUACCAAAUAUGGAAAAUAGUUAUUCCUGUAUGAAAGCAUUUCAAAGAUUCUUUUGUAUAUAAUUUGUAUGUUUUUUUUUUGAAAAUAGGUAAUAAAACUGUAGCUAAAACUUAUUUCAGGAAAGUGGUAUGUAUAUAUCCUUUAAACUAGCAUGUGACUAAGGUCAUUUUGAACAGCGUUUUCAGGAUAAACCUGUGUUCAGACAUCAGAAUGUGGAUAAACUUCAAUGGUCAUCCAUUAAUCCUGGGAUACAUUUUGCUUUGUUAUUUUAUCGAGAUCUUCUAUUUUUGUUUUGAAUAAGCCCACAAAAUAUAGGUAGUAUUAGCCAGCCAAUAUGUACCAAGAAUAAAUGUGUAAAUGUAAAUGUGGUAGUAAAUGUGUUGGAAGGGAUAAAAGACAUAAUUGCAGUAAUGAUAUGGAUAGGAUGACUGCUUGCCACUGCCAGCUGCAUUACAAUAAGUUAAAAAAAUUAAGUUUUUUUCAUCACUGGACGAAGUUGUUGAUAUGAUUGGCUUAACUGAAUCAGUUUCCUUGAACAUUUAACAGCGCAAUAAAAUGAUGCGGCGAGACAUCAUGCACGGGUGAACCAGAUCAGAAGGGCGGGGCAGCGGGUCUAGGUCGGGGCGGACGCAUAUCAGGGGCGCCGCCUGGCCGUUGACGCCGUUGUGGCCGUUCUCCUGCUUGGACCGCUUCGCCUCGUCGUCGGCUGACGCAUCCGAGGGACGCCGGGCCCGCUGUCGCCGCCGCAGCCGGCACCCGGCGGCGGCCGUCCGUCGUGGACCAUCGGCAGUGCGCCGGCCGUCCGGCUCUGCCGCUCCCGUCGGAAAACGGCGUUGUCUCGUUCCACAGCAGCUCGCAGCGGGCCAGGCAGGGCGGCCAGCGCCGACAAGCCGUCCGCCGCCCCCGCCACCGCUGCAUCGGUCAGCCGGUACAGCAGCGUGUAGGCUGCCUCGGUUGAGCGGCGCGGCCGGCCCAGCGCGGUGGCCGCCGGCACCGGCACCGCUGACGUAUCGUCUAGCCGCCACCAGCCGGUAUCGUCCAUCCCAUCAAUACCACCGCCACCGGAGGCGCGACAGAAUGAGAAAUAGUGGCCAGCGUCCAGCGAAUGGCCCGCGUGGACUAUCACUGCAUACAGCCGGUACUGGGCGGGCGGGCCGGUGGCUAGCGGCACUGUCAGCCACUCGGUGGGCUCCACAGGGGUGAGAACCUUGCGGCGUGCACCGGUGCACGCCGGUGCACGCAGGAAAUAUUUCAGGUUAAGCUGUUCUGCAUUUUCAGGCCUUCCUAUUUACCAAUGCACCUUAUUUUGUCUUUAGGUGUAUUUUUCUUCUUACUUGCCAAUAGAAGGCAGACUCUUGAUGCCAUAUACUGAUACAGUCUACAAUGAGCACAUACUUAUAUUUCUUUAAAUUUGAACUUCUAUUUUUUGAUAUUUUGAAUAUUUCUUGUCUGACAAACUAAGUGCAGAUGAGUUACCUACUGAUCUUGAAGGUAGCCAGGUGCUUGCAAAAAAAUACUUCCCCACCUACUCCACUGAUCAGGCUGUGGUAUGACAGGUUUUCUUGAUUUGAGUUUUGAUUUAUGAGUGACUAGUUCAGAAUUGUAUUAAUUCAUGACUUGCUUAGCUGCAUUUUCCUUGGCGAACCCAGUUGCCCAGUCUUGCAAUUCUUAUGUUAUUGAAAACACUGUCACAUAGCAAUAAUAGCAUUCUUCUCUGACACUUUGCACUCCAUGUUGUGAUACCAAGCUCUGGUUGGAAUAUGCUAUCAAAGCCUCAGUGAGUUAAUUACAGUACAGAUAACCAUUAACCACACAACAUAAGUAAGCUGCAAAAUGACACUGUUGACUAUAGUCAGUCACUGCACUAUAAGUCUACACAAACGAGCAAAAUUGCAGGUAGCCUUGAACAUCUGUAUCAGAUAAGCCAUGUACCAGUAUUAUCUUUCAUUGUUGGUAUUCCAUCUGCAGAUGGCGACGUACGGGGAGCGUCUGCCGCUGGCGAUCGAUGAUCUGAGCGACACGGAGGACGUGGAGCUGGGUGACACUCCCCCGAUCGUCUCCGACCCGGCGCCGCCGCGCUUCCCCCCGUCGACCGCGCAGACCGGCGGGUAUGGCUCUGCCCCGCAGACGGGCGGGUAUGGCUCUGCCCCUCCGGCAGGCGGGUAUGGCUCUGCCCCGCCGGCAGAGACGUACGACCCCGCCCCGCCGGUCGCUGAACUGGGUGAGCGGUCGGCGCUGGAUGACUGGGCCGACCCAGCCACGUUCGGAACCACGGCGCCUCUCACGGGCCCGGCGCCUCCCACACCGACCCUGAACGGCGCCAGGACUCCCGAGGUCGCAGCGCCGGGCCGCACCAUCAGUCCCGGCUCGUCGGUCCGCCGCCACUCCGCCACUGUGUACGACAAACUCGAGUCACUCAAGGCCUGGAGCAUCUCCACGUACAAGUGCUCCCGUCAGCUGAUCGCCGAGCGGCUGGGACGCUCCACACGCACCGUGGACGCUGAACUGGACGCUAAGAUCACCAUCCUGCGAGAAACCCAAGUUCAAUACCGGAGCUUGAUGAAAACGGCCAAGGAACUAUCGACACAUCUGACGAAUAUGCUGUCAUCGCAGAUGCAGCUCGGUGAGCUGUUCUCUCAGCUGGGCCAGCGAACUCCCGAGCUACGUCAGGAGUUCGAUCUAAACGCCGAGGCGCAGCGGACCCUGAACGAGAGUGGCCGGCCACUGCGGGACGCGCUGGCUCAGUUCGUCUCCUCCAUGGAGACGCUGUGUGGACAAACCAUCGAGGACGCGCUCACCACCAUCAAAUCGUACGAGGCGGCCAGAGUCGAGUACGACGCGUACCGCGUGGACCUGGAGUGGGCCGGACAGCAGGGCGGCGACACGGGCCUGCUGGCUGAGGCCCGCAGACAGCACGACAUCAGGCUGGCAGAGUACCAGCGACUCCGGGAAAAGGUCACCGUCAAAUUGACGCUGCUCGAUGAGAACAGGGUGAAGGUGCUGCGAAACCAGCUGGGUCUGUUCCACGCGGCCGUCUCUGAGUAUUUCUCCGGGGACGCGCCGUCUCUGAAGACCACCCUCUGCCACCUGAGUGCCGACAGCCUGGGAGCGGGCGACGCCGGCGUGCGCACAGUCGCCUCAUAGACCCCGGCCCGCUGCGGAGGAGAGGAACACACGGAGGUCAGGUCGCCACGGGGCACCGGAUCUCCCGGGGGCCCAGCUGCUGUGGUCAGAUAGACGACUGCGCUGGUGCUGGGCUCAGUUAGGUGUGAGUGGAAAGCACGGGAGCCACGGAUGGAGAAAGGCUUUAAUGACGCACAGUGAAUAGUGCGAAGGCAGACUUUCCGCGCAGUGCCUGCUCUGGAGGCCUUAUCAAGGGUUUUUACUUUUGAUUAGGUCUGCUAGCUGAGAGAUCGUCUGAUGUUGCUCCGGGUGGGACAGGCGAUGGAAUUUACUAUGUAAUGCAGCGUUAGUCAGCUCAGCACGGCUCGAAAUCGGUGCAGAACCGUUGCAGUAUGCAAUUACGCAAUCAUUUUCCAUCUGGCCAUCGUGUUUAUUUACGUGGUCGUAUUUAUGCAAUAUUGGUGCGCAGUAUCCGCUUGACAGCUACCCAAUGUGACACGCAUGGUUU